ACUUCCUGUGUAUUUUUUUUUAACCGUAUUGACAUCCGUCUUGCACGGUUGUGUUAUAUCUUAGGUCUGUUAAAUAGACUUCCUCAGCCUUUGUAGCAGCUUUUAAUCCAUUUCCUCCGUACAUGAAGAGCGGGCUGUAGGAGCUCAGCAGCCGGGGAAGGAGAGAUGAUGGUGUGGCUGCUGUUGGCGUUACUCGGGGGGCUGCUGGAGGUCUGCAGCGGCGUUUCAGCCAACAGAGGAGGCUAUCCCUCAUUCACAGACGAAAUCCCUUUCAAAAUCACCUGGCCUGGCGCUGAAUUUACGCUGCCAACUUCAGGUGCACUUUACAGUGAGGAAGACUUUGUCAUCAUGACCACAACAGAGAAGGAGAAGUACAAAUGUCUCCUCCCUUCACUGACGGCUGGAGAGGAGGAUGAUGAAAAGGAGUACGGCGGGCCCAGUCCAGGUGAACUGCUCGAGCCGCUAUUCAAACGAAGCAGCUGCUCCUACAGGAUUGAGUCGUACUGGACGUAUGAAGUAUGCCAUGGAAAACAUGUAAGGCAGUACCAUGAAGAGAAGGAGACUUCUCAGAAGAUAAGUGUACAAGAGUACUUCUUGGGAAAUAUGGCUCAGAAGAGCCAUUCAGCAGAGACAGAUCAAGCUGAGAAGACAGACAAUGUCAAACCGUCCGAAACCAAAGUGCCCACUAAGAACAUUGAAGGCCAGCUGACUCCCUACUACUCAGUGGAGAUGGGAAACGGGACUCCGUGUUUGCUGAAACAGGACCAGCCUCGUUCCACAGCCGUGCUGUACGUCUGCCAUCCGGAGGCCAAGCACGAGAUCUUGUCUGUCGCUGAGGUCACCACCUGCGAAUAUGAGGUGGUGGUGCUGACGCCUCUGCUUUGCGCACACCCAAAAUACAGGUUCAAAUCCUCCCCGGUGAACGCCAUCUUCUGCCAGGCUCUGGCGGGCUCCCCUCUGCGGCCUCAGCGGCUCGCCCAGUUGGACAAAGAACAAGAGGAGCAGCUUAAACCACCUUUCGGUGCCACCUCUGAGCCCAGAGAGGAGGAGACGUCAGCAGUGAGAGAAGAAGCCUUCACCUCCACCCACAAACCCAUGACCGUCGGAGGGCAGUCUCAGGUCACUGUUGGUACCACGCAUAUCUCUCGCCUGACAGACGAGCAGCUAAUUAAGGAGUUCCUGAGUGGCUCGUACUGUCUGCACGGGGGGGUAGGAUGGUGGAAAUAUGAAUUCUGUUACGGAAGGCACGUCCAUCAGUACCACGAGGAUAAAGAGCAAGGGAAGAACAUUGUAGUGGUGGGGAACUGGAAUGCAGAUGAACACCUCGACUGGGCCAAGAAGAACGUCGCCCGAUCCCUCCAGCUUAGAGAGGACGGAGUGCAGAAAGUCAAGUUGGUUUCCCACUUCUAUGGCCACGGUGAUGUGUGUGACCUGACAGGGAAGCCCAGACAGGUCAUUGUCAAGCUCAAAUGUAAGGAGUCUGAGUCUCCCCAUGCUGUCACUGUCUAUAUGCUGGAGCCUCAGACUUGUCAGUAUAUUCUUGGGGUUGAGUCACCGGUCAUAUGCAGGAUUCUUGACACUGCUGAUGAAUACGGACUUCUGUCACUCUCCAGUUAAACUGGUGGAGAUCUUUAAACGGCAGCGGCACACGGAGGACAUAAAGAACGAGGACACUUAGUAAACAAGACGCCCUUAAGACUGCGCUACAAGCCAAAACUGAGAAUAAACUCGAUCCUGAGGCUGGACCUCAUGUAGCCCAGGAGCACAGGCCCAGCUCACACUCCCAUGACCUGUGCGAUGGGUGACGCUACAUCAGCCCGACUCUAACUUAAAUCAAAUUCAGGCAAUGGAGUUAUUGCUUGAACUUCAUAUCUAUGCUUCUUUUUGUGAUGAUUGAUUGCAAGCAAAGGAGUGACGAAUCAUCAGGGGAAUUAACAAUAUUCAUAGUGGUUUUAUUGUUUGUGUGUGUGUGAUAUGGAGUGAUUAGCUGCUUGACUGUGGCACUUUUUUACUUGUAGAUAUGAGAGGGGAAAAAAAACAUCUGAAAAUGCUUCACAGCAGGGAGACUGUGUGCUGUGUGAGUGUAACUUAUGCAUUAGAGAUUGCUGUGGAAUAACAAUAAAAGUGAGUGUAAGGUUGUAGGAUGUACAGAAUGUGUGCAGGUUCAUUUAAAAGGUUCCUUUUGUGGUUUUGUGAAGAUGCACACUGGGAUCCGACUACUGCUGUAUCUCUGGAAUAAAAA